UCAUACCCCAAAUUAUACCAAAAUAAACUAAAAAAGUAUUAUCUUUGAAAAUAAUGCUAGCACCAUGUGCUAAUAUAGAUUAACUUUCUAUAUAUAUGUACUAUAAAGUUUACAAAUGUUAAUAAAUCAUCUUCAACUCCUUUAUAGUUUCAAAGAAAAAAAAUGGAUUAUGACUUAUAUCCAAGCAAAAUCAUGGAGAGGCAAUCAACAAUAGGGAGUAUAGGGUCAUGCUCUUCUAGGCUAUACUACGGGCGGCUCUCGGAAGGCAAGGCGUUUGAAUGGGAGGCGCGGCCAGGGAAAGCCAUCACGCCUCAACCGGAUAAUAUCUUACCGCCUCUUAGCCCACCACCGGCGGUGUUAGCAAUGGGCCUACCGAAGCCAUGCUUCGACGUGGUCGAUGAUGAGCCUAAGGCAAAAAAGUGGUCUAGUGCAUGGUUAGUAAAGAAAUUCAAGAAAACAAUGACGGGUCAUUAUAACUAUAAAGUUGUAGGGUUUCCUAGAAGGAUGUUCUCUAAUAAUGAAGGGAAUAAACAACAAGAACAAAAACAAGAACAAGAACAAGAUUGGAAAUUCGAGUCGCAAAGGUCGUAUGAUCAUCAUCGUUGUGAAUCGGCACGGUAUUCGAGUUCUUCGUUUGCAUCAACGUUGACGUGUUCAUCAAGUAAUUCGUUUAGAGAUCAUCAGAAGACUUCAACCAAUGGUGAUAUUCAAAGUAAGGCGUUGUUUCGUGGGAAGCCUUUUACUUGUAACCCUAGAGGGUUGAGUGACAUGGUUGUAUUUUUUGUGAAAAAGUCCUGAUGUUUUAAUUUACUUUUUUCUUUUAUAUAUGCUUUUUAUUUACUAAUUUAGAACCUUUGUUUUCUAUGAUUUGAGAUGUUAUUUAACUUGAAACUUGUGUCAUGCAAUUAUAUGUCUUCAUAAUUAAUCUAACGGUUUUUCUAA